AUGAAAAUGAAAAAUAAUACUAUAUUUAAUAUUACUAAAUGUCCUGAACGCAAUGUUCAUAUAGGUAAAGAUUAUAUAACUUCAGAUGUUUCCAGUUUAGAGAUGUACUAUAAAAAACAGAAAAUAAACAUAUUACUUUUUUUUAAUUUUUUUCUGUUUACUCUUUUAAUUUUUAUAUUACAUGGUUUUAAUAGUUAUACAUAUAGAUCUGCGAACGAAAAACAGAACUUAGGAGGAACAAUUAAUUUAAUAUACAAAAGAAUUUUGUCAGAAUGUAAUAAUAUAAAUUCAACAAAAAGCGAAUCAAAAUUAAAUUUAUUAGAUGCUGAUGAACUGGAAAAUACAACAAAUAAUGAUUUGCAACAUAAUUUAAAUUAUAAUAAUUUGGAAUCACAAAUAAAAGCAAAAAAUCUUGAAGUAAUGAUAAAUAUGCUAAAAAAAAAUGAAAAAGAAGAUAAAAUCGAUAAAAAAAGUAGUAACAUAAAAAAAAUUUGCGACUUCAUUUAUAUGCCUUUGUUAGUUUUCCCAUUAUUGCUUUUCUUAGUAUUGUUUUCACUCAAAAAUAUUGGAUAUUUAUGCGAUGUUUCAGAUAGUAAGUUGCAAAACGGAUGUUUAUUGUACUUAGGAAUUUUAAUUUUACUUAAUACAAUUGAACUAAAAAAAAAAUAA